UUUCUUGUGUAAUUCUCUAUGCCAUGCACCAGUCCAAAACAUCUCUGUCUCGGGCAAAUCCCAAUAUCAUCGAGGUGAAAAGCAAGUUUGAAACAGAGUUCCGACGCUUUUCAUUUGACAGACACAAGUUUCCCAAGUUUGAAGAUUUCCAUUGUUUUAUUGAAUCACGUCAUUUGCUCAGUGAUGUGCCUUUUACGCUAAGUUACACCGACCCAAAGGAUGGGGAUCUCCUCCCAAUAAAUAAUGAUGACAAUUAUGCCAAGGCAAUUGAGAAUGCUCGGCCAUUGCUGAGAGUCAUAGUGCAAAGGAAGGGAGACAGCUCAGAGGAACUGAAUGGAUUGGUCUCCCCUGUAACUGAUAUGAUGGUAGCUAACAGUUCCAAUUUGAUCAUCACAGUUAGGCCAGCUAAUCAACAAGGUCAACCAGCCCCAAGACGAGGUUCCUUCUCAAGGACCUCUCAACUUUCAUCUGGUUCCCUG